CAAUCCGCAAUCCGUACGCUCAUCCUAUUCCUAGCUGCUGAUAUUCUGCAUGGGGACUAAUUUGAAUCAUUUUUAAAUGAUGGCAGACGAUUUUGUUGUUGAAUGUUCCGAUGACGAAUUUAAAAAUAUUAAAGGAACGUGGGAACCUCCAGUUGAAGAAAUCGAAAGACUUUAUGAUAUUCUUGAUAAAGGGGAACUUCCAGAGAUCAAAUGGAAGUGUCCUGGAUAUAGAUCACCAUCACCAGAAGUACAAGAUCAACCCCAAGAAGAAGAUGUAUUGAAACCAACCGAAGAUAAGUCCGACUUUGAUUUUAUGGAUGAAGUACAGUCUCCAAAAUUAAAAAUGCGAAAGGAUGGUGAAGAUGCUUUAAGAGGAAGUGCCAAGAAAAAAACAACGUCGUUGGACGGAGUCCUCAGUAAUAUGAGAAGACACAAAUUAUUGCCAUCUCAAAAUAGCAAUUCCUGAUAAUGCUGUAUUUAUUUAUUUUAAAGACAAAUAAAUUAAAUUUUUUCCCAACG